GCCGACGCAGGGAAGCUGUUGAAGAACCUCUCUCCAUUCCGCCUCGCAUUUUGCCGGCGACGAAAGGAAAGUGCCAAAUUAUACAGGGAUCUUCCAAUUUCACAAGAAUCCGCUAUAAAUCGCUAUGUGUCACCGGCAUUGAAGUUCCUGUUGUCGAAAGUUGAAUGGUCUAGGCGGAUGAGGUGCAAGGGAGCAAGGAUGGAGCUAACUCUGGUUCAACCUGAUGAUUGGCAUCUUCAUCUGCGUGAUGGUGAACUUCUUCAAGCUGUUGUCCCUCACAGUGCAAAUCACUUUGGGGGGGCAAAUGUGAUGCCAAAUUUGAAACCUCCAGUUACUACCACUGCUGCUGCUGUGACUUCUCGGGAAUCCAUUUUGAAAGCAUUGCCUGCUGGUAGCAAUUUCAAUCCCCUAAUGACAUUGUAUUUAACAGAUACGACAAGUCCUGAUGAGAUAAAGCUUGCAAGUUCACUGACAAUAUUUGAUCUAUGGGCAAGAAGUAGCAAAGUUGUUUUUGCCAUUAAGUUAUACCCUGCUGGUGCAACCACAAAUUCUCAGGAAGGUGUCACAGACCUAUUGGGAAAAUGUUCGCUUGUCCUUGAGCAGAUGGUUGAGUACAACAUGCCUUUGCUGGUUCAUGGGGAGGUUACCGAUCCCAAUGUUUAUGUUUUCGAUUGCAGGAAUACUCUUCAUCGACACUGUUUUGCAACCUUUAAUCCAAAGGCUUCCAAAGUUAAAAGUUGUGAUGUAGCAUAUCACCACCAUGGAUGCCGUUAGGUUUGUUGAGUCUUGUGAAGAAGGUAUGCCUAAAUAGUAUAUUCCAGAGGAGUUUUACUACUUAUCUGACAUUUGAGGAGUUUUACUUUUUAUCUGACAUUCUUUUCUUCUAUAGGUCUUGCCAUAACCAUUUAACUUUCUUCCUUUCAGCCCCUUUAAUCUCACUAGUUCAUUUCCUUAGGAUUUGUAGCUGCAACUGUUACUCCUCGACAUCUUCUUCUUAACAGAAAUGUUCUCUUCCAAGGACGACUGCAACCACACAACCACUGCCUUCCAGUGCUCAAAAGAGAAAUCCACAGACAGGCUAUUGUUUCAGCAGUGACUAGUGGAAGUAAAAGAUUUUUCCUUGGAACUGAUGGUGCUCCCCAUGAGAGACGAAGAAAAGAAUGCCCUUGUGGUUGUGCUGGCAUUUAUAAUGCCCCAGUUGCCUUAGCCUUAUAUGCAAAGGUCUUUGAAGAGGUGGGUGCACUUGACAAACUAGAGGCAUUUACAAGCCUUAAUGGUCCGGACUUCUAUGGUCUUCCAAGGAACACAUCAAAGAUUAAAUUGAUCAAGACUUCAUGGAAAGUUCCAGAGUCUUUCUCAUUUUCAUUCGGUGAUAUCAUUCCUAUGUUUGCAGGUGAAACACUAGUGGCAAGCAUCCUCCUCAUAACUCGUAAGUCAGUUUUUACAAACAGACUAUAAUUUCAAAUUAUUUCUGGUCAUGCCUGCAUGGUAUGUUGAUUGCUGACAGUGUGAACUUGUAUUGUUUUCAAACUAGAGUUGAAGCAAACAAACUUUUGUUACUUUUUCAAACAACCUUACAUUAGAUAAUGAUAUGCAGCUCGGUGCAAAUUUUUGGUGGUUUGCUUUAUGUUGUGGAAUGUCUAAUUAACAUCACACGUUUUAUUAAUUUGUUGGUUUACAAUUAGAACUCUAAAUCAAAAGCCUAGAAGGCAGACAGAAAGGAGGAAAACAACAAUUGAAAAGUCCUCUUAUGACACUUAUAGUUGCUGAGUAUUCAUACCGAUUCGUAUGAGUCCUAGUGAAAGAAAAAUGUUCUCAUUUUAUUAUUAAUUUGUAUAUGCGUUAAAAUUUCAUUAGUUUGUUAUGCCACAUAGAAUAUAUAUAUAUAUAUAUGUAUAUAUCUAUAUAUUUAUUGCAGCACUUCAAUAUAUGCAUAAGAAAAUGUUAAGCUUACA